CAUGUCAAGUCAACUGUCCUGUCAGUAUAGUGAAGUUUAUUAGAGUUACAAAACAGGUUUAAUCAUUGAAAAUCAUGAACAUUUUGGAAACAAAUUUAAGUGUUUAAUAAAUUAUCUUAAUUGAAUUCAUCAACAAGACACUCAGUGGCAUCACCCCUGAUCCAAGUCAAACAAUAAUUUUAUCGGUUAUUUGACAAAGAAAAACGUUUAAACAAAAUGGCAGCUACGAGAAGGUUGCAAAAAGAGUUGGGAGAUAUUAGAAAUUCCGGCUUAAAGUUCUUCAGGGACAUCCAAGUGGAUGAAACCAACAUUUUGACUUGGCAAGGCCUGAUUGUCCCAGAUAGUCCACCAUAUAACAAAGGGGCGUUCAAAAUAGAAAUCAAUUUUCCAGCAGAAUAUCCGUUUAAACCUCCGAAAAUCAACUUUAAGACGAAAAUAUAUCACCCCAAUAUAGAUGAAAAGGGGCAGGUUUGCUUGCCAAUUAUCAGCGCUGAAAAUUGGAAACCUGCUACUAAAACUGAUCAAG